UUGCGCCGUCCAAGUAAGAUGGGUGUAAUGCUAAGCCAGUCUUACGUGGUGCUGCUUUGUUUGUUGGCGGUUCUUCCGCUUAUAGCAACGCAAGGCCAGUCAGCACGUAUCGUAUGCUACUUCAGCAAUUGGGCAAUCUACAGACCUGAUGUCGGGCGUUAUGCGAUCGAUGACAUCCCGGCGGAAAUGUGCACGCAUAUCAUUUACUCUUUUAUCGGAGUAGAUGACAGCAACUACAAAGUACUCAUCAUUGAUCCGGAGCUCGAUCUAGAGCAAAAUGGGUUCCGCAACUUUACUAAUCUCAGGCAAAAGUAUCCGCACGCGAAAUACAUGAUUGCCGUUGGUGGAUGGGCCGAGGGUGGCAAGAAGUAUUCCCAAAUGGUUGCUGUCAAGGAACGGCGAGACUCGUUCAUCGAGAGCGUGGUACAGUUUAUGAAGGUCUACAGCUUCGAUGGUUUUGAUCUGGACUGGGAGUACCCAGGAGCGGCCGAUCGUGGUGGAAGCUUCGGUGAUAAGGAUAAGUUUUUCUACUUCGUGGAGGAGUUGCGCCGUGCAUUCGACAAGGAAGGGCGAGGCUGGGAAAUCACAAUGGCGGUUCCGGUAGCAAACUUCCGCCUCCAGGAAGGCUACCAUGUCCCAGAGCUGUGCGAAAACCUCGAUGCGAUUCACUGCAUGACAUACGAUUUGCGUGGAAACUGGGCUGGAUUCGCCGACGUCCACAGUCCACUGUACAAACGGCCCCAUGAUCAGUGGGCCUACGAAAAGCUAAAUGUGAACGAUGGGCUGCAGCUAUGGGUAAACUAUGGUUGCCCUCCAAAUAAGCUAGUUGUCGGUGUUCCUUUCUAUGGUAGAUCUUUUACCCUUAGCGCCAGCACCACGAACCCUACACUUGGCUCGUACAUCAACAAAGAAGCCGGUGGAGGUGCCCCAGGACCUUAUACCAAUGCCACAGGAUUCUUAGCGUAUUACGAGAUUUGUACUGAAGUACAGGAUGAGGAAAAAGGAUGGGUUAAGAAAUGGGAUGAUGUGGGUCUUUGUCCUUACACCUACAAAGGUACCCAGUUUGUCGGAUACGAGGAUGUGGAAUCCUUGCAGCACAAGAUGAAAUGGAUCAAAGAGAAGGGCUACGCUGGAGCCAUGACAUGGGCCAUCGAUAUGGACGAUUUUCACGGUUUGUGCGGUCCAGAAAAUGCGCUAAUGAAGGUGCUGUACGAAAAUAUGAAGGAUUACGUCGUGCCCGAACCAUCGGUUACUACCACUCCUAGGCCUGAAUGGAACCGGCCACCAUCAACAAUGUCGUCAGAGGCUGGCAAUCCACCGAAACAAACCACAACGACCACAACGAGCCGCCCUAGACCAACCACUACCAGCCCAGCAGCUGAGGCAACGACCUCAACUAGGCGUACUACUGCGAGAACCACGACUCGCAAGCCGACGACCAUACUGCCACCGGAACCGGAUGAUUCAGAGGAGCCAGUCGCUCCAUCUAUUCCGGAAACUGAGGAUGAAGCCGAUAUCGAUUGUUCGGGCUAUAAGGAUUUCGUACCGUCUGCUGAUUGUACCAAGUAUUAUCGUUGUGUUCACGGGCAGCCGGUCGAGUUCACCUGCAAACCGGGAACGGUUUUCCACACAGCACUCAACGUGUGCGAUUGGCCAGAGAAUGCCGAUCGCAUUGAGUGUCGCAGUAAGGCAAAGUUUAUCUACCAUUCUUCCGAAAACACGGAAAUCUAAUUGCCAUCGUCCAUCCCUUGAGAAACUCAAUGCAUUUUAGCUAAAUAACCGCUUUUAAAAACCCCAGCUAUAGCGUACCGGUUGAGCACGUAAAAAUUGAGUUUUUCAAAAUUAAAGCGGCACCCUGUGCUUGAUUUUGUAGAAAAUGUUC